AUUCAUCCUCUUUGUAAAUUGCACACGACGAAUAUAUCAAAACACAAUUAUUAUAGAGAUUUUACUUUCGUCUCCUUUAAGUUUCUUUUACACUUAAAAAAAAACUCAAGAGGAUUUACCGGAGCUUGAGAAGAGUUCAAGAUAGUUUCGAGUUUACUUUGUUUACAAGUUUAUUGCUCAUAUAAGUACUUUCAUAUAUUGUAUAAUGUUUUUGAAAAUAUGACAGUUUUUAUACUAAAGAUUUGACAAGUUUUGUAAAACGUAGUUUAAUGAGUUUUAAGUGAAAUGCGUGCGCAAACUAAAAAUAUCUGCAGCAGUAAAUACAGGACUCUUAUGAUUUGUCUCGUGGACAUAUUAAUGUAUUGUAAGGAAUUUCGAGUUUCUUCGGCAUCUGGAAAUUAAAACAUGGGUAAAAAGAAAUUAGCCGAGGCCUACAUUUUAGGGAUUCCAUUCGGAUUGUUCGGUGCUCAUCAUUUUUAUUUGGGACGGAAAGGGUUCGGUAUCUUGUAUGUUUGUACACUGGGUCUAUUCGGGCUCGGAUAUAUAUAUGAUUUGAUACGUAUGCGGUGGUUAGUGAAACAUGCAAACAGACAGGAGUCAGAAGUGAAAAUGGUGUCCGACGGAUAUCUGAUAGGGGCGUUAGGAGGACUAUUUGGUGCGCAUCACUUUUACCUUGGCAACAAGAAACUUGGCAUCUUCUACGCAUGUACACUUGGAGUGUUCACCAUGGGCUGGAUAGUAGAUCUGUUCCGAAUGAAGUAUCUCGUAAAAAACCACAAUGCUCACACAGAGGAAAAAUCUCUCGGAACCGCCUACAUAUUAGCGUUACCUCCCUUGGGUAUUUUUGGAGCAUAUUAUUAUUACUUAGGCAAUGUAAGCUUGGGUUUGGUGUACACAUUUACGUUCGGAAUGUUUGGAAUUGGAUGGAUAGUUGACUUGUUCCGCAUGCCAAGACUAGUACGGAAUGUCGGAUUGAAUAUGAAAUCCAUUGUAACUUCGUACAUAAUGGCGAUGCCUCCCUUCGGACUUUUUGGUGCACACCAUUAUUAUUUAGGAAAUUAUUUGUUAGGAAUUGUCUAUACAUUUACAUUAGGAAUAUUCACGAUUGGUUGGAUUACGGAUCUGUUUAGAAUGAAGGGUCUCGUCAAAGCUUCGAAUGACCCAACAAGUGACUACGGAACAACAAAAGUCACUGCGUGCAUUUUGUGUGUGUCCCCACUUGGACUCUUUGGAGCUCAUCAUUUUUAUUUAGAAAGAUACUUGAACGGUGGAUUUUAUGUUGCAACUUUGGGACUAUUCGGGUUCGGUUGGGUUUUUGAUGUGUUUAGACUUCCAGUUCUAUACGAACGUUACGCCGCCAAAGACAAACACAAAUAUCCGGAUGAAGCAUACCUGUACUGGUUUCCAUUCGGAAUAUUCGGACUUCAUCAUUUCUAUCUUGAGAAUAAGAAAUGGGGAAUCCUGUAUGCUUGUACCCUAGGGUGUCUGGGUAUCGGUUGGUUAAUUGAUGGUUUUCGCAUGCUUAUGCUACUUAAAGAAUACAAUAAACAUAUUAUUGUAUGAAUAACUGCAGGAUUUGUAGGCCUAGCUGUGGUUCUUGUUCAAGUGAUAGCCGUUGCUGUUGUCUUCCAACUUCAGAAAACGAAACAAGCGGUGAAAGAAGAACACCAUCGCGUGGUGAGUUUGAAGAUAAUAAUGGUAAUCAAUUCGCAAGUGACGAAAUACGUUAGUGAUGUUAUUUUUCAGAAUGAACUGGAAUAACAUGAACUUCAGUUAUCAGAAAAUUAAUUCAGACGGACAACCAAGGAUGUCCAUUAUGUGAUCAACACCUUACAGUACAAUAGAAACCAAUAUCAUUGUGCAGACGGCACAGUAUAUCAGUAUCAUAACUGUCACUGUUUCAUCAACCAAAUCCAGAAGAGGCUCACGUAGAUUUUUGUUUUAUCAUUAGAGGAGUUUUGUGAAUAGAUGUUUUAUUGUUUAAGGGGUUUUCGUGAAUUACGGUUUUAUUAUUCAAUGUGAUUUUUUGUGAGUUGCGGUUUUGUUAUUCAAUGUGGUUUUCAUGAAUUGCUGUUUUAUUAUUCAAUGUAGUUUUCUUGAAUUGUUUUAUUAUUCAAUGUAGUUUUCUUGAAUUGUUUUAUUAUUCAAUGUGGUUUUCAUGAAUUGCGGUUUUAUUAUUCAAUGUAGUUUUCUUGAAUUGUUUUAUUAUUCAAUGUGAUUUUCAUGAAUUGCGGGUUUAUUACUCAAUGUGGUUUUCUUGAAUUGUUUUAUUAUUCAAUGUGGUUUUCUUGAAUUGUUUUAUUAUUCCAUGUGGUUUUCGUGAAAUGCGGUUUUAUUAUUCAAUGUAAUUUUCAUGAAUUGUUUUAUUAUUCAAUGUGGUUUUCUUGAAUUGUUUUAUUAUUCAAUGUGGUUCUCGUGAAAUGCGGUUUUAUUAUUCAAUGUAGUUUUCUUGAAUUGUUUUAUUAUUCAAUGUAGUUUUUUUGAAUUUUUUUAUUAUUCAAUGUGGUUUUCUUGAAUUGUUUAUUAUUCAAUGUGGUUUUCUUGAAUUGUUUUAUUAUUCAAUGUGGUUUUCUUGAAUUGUUUUAUUAUUCAGUGUGGUUUUCGUGAAAUGCGGUUUUAUUAUUCAAUGUAGUUUUCUUGAAUUGUUUUAUUAUUCAAUGUUGGUUUUCGUGAAUUGCGGCUUUAUUAUUUAAUGUGGUUUACGUGAAUUGCGGCUUUAUUAUUUAAUGUGGUUUACGUGAAUUGCGGUUUUAUUAUUUAAUGUGGUUUACGUGAAUUGCGGCUUUAUUAUUUAAUGUGGUUUACGCGAAUUGCGGCUUUAUCAUUUAAUGUGGUUUACGUGAAUUGCGGUUUUAUUAUUUAAUGUGGUUUACGUGAAUUGCGGCUUUAUUAUUUAAUGUGGUUUACGUGAAUUGCGGUUUUAUUAUUAAAUGUGGUUUACGUGAAUUGCGGGGUUUACGUGAAUUGCGGUUUUAUUAUUUAAUGUGGUUAACGUGAAUUGCGGCUUUAUUAUUCAAUGUAGUUUUAUUGAAUUGUGUUAUUAUUCAGUGUGGUUUUCGUGAAAUGCUGUUUUAUUAUUCAAUGUAGUUUUCUUGAAUUGUUUUAUUAUUCAAUGUUGGUUUUCGUGAAUUGCGGUUUUAUUAUUUAAUGUGUUUUACAUGAAUUGCGGCUUUAUUAUUUAAUGUGGUUUACGUGAAUUGCGGUUUUACUAUUUAAUGUGGUUUACGUGAAUUGCGGCUUUAUUAUUUAAUGUGGUUUACGCGAAUUGCGGCUUUAUUAUUUAAUUUGGUUUACGUGAAUUGCGGCUUUAUUAUUUAAUUUGGUUUACGUGAAUUGCGGCUUUAUUAUUUAAUGUGGUUUACGUGAAUUGCGGCUUUAUUAUUUAAUUUGGUUUACGUGAAUUGCGGUUUUAUUAUUUAAUGUGGUUUACGUGAAUUGUGGUUUACGUGAAUUGCGGUUUUAUUAUUUAAUGUGGUUUACGUGAAUUGCGGUUUUAUUAUUUAAUGUGGUUUACGUGAAUUGCGGCUUUAUUAUUCAAUGUAGUUUUAUUGAAUUGUUUUAUUCUUCAAUGUAGUUUUCAAAAAUUGUUUUAUUAUUCAGUGUAGUUUUCGUGAAUUGAGGUGUUAUUAUUCAAUGUGGUUUUCAAGAAUUGUUUUAUUAUUCAAUGUGGUUUUCGUGAAUUGCGGUUUUGUUAUUAUUCAAGAUUCAGUUUUACAUCAUUUUAAAGAUCUACGGGCGUUAUAGUAGAAUUAUUUUCAGUUUUAAAAAUGUUGAUUGAUAUUUCUCCAUUGUAAAAUUCUGGCCAAUGAUACGUUCUUAGUAUCUUUUUGAAAUUUUACAAAAAUGUUGAUUUAUACUAAAUAAGAUAUCCUUUAAGUUUAGAACUUUUUGUAUCAAACUGGCCGAAUCUUAUAAUCUUUUUGAAAUUUUACAAAAAUGUUGAUUUAUACUAAAUAAGAUAUCCUUUAAGUUUAGAACUUUUUGUAUCAAAAUGGCCGAAUCUUAUAAUCAAAAUCGUUUUUGACGAUAAAUUCAGACCUAAUUAUACUGUUUUGAAAAUAUUAAAAGUUCCUAUUUAAAGUACAUCCAAUCAAAUAUGAAAAUUGAAACCACUCUAACGCAGCCGGGUGGUUCCCUGGCUGGUCCCAUUAGAAUAGUUAGACCUGGUGAAGUAAGAUUCAUUUAAACAAAAAAGGCAUGGCAACGCAGAAACUUCCAUUUGACUAACCGCAAAACGACAUUAGAACUACAACGCCUUGAUUGAGUACAUUUCAUAUGAACACUUUUAACUGAAAGGCGUACUGAAAGGAAGAAGUUUCUUUUAACGAUGCAUGCAACAAUAUUGAUGAAAGUUUUGCUUCAUUAAAGACAGCUAGUGGGCAUUAAACAAAAAGAUGCUAGAGAGACAGCGUCCUCGACAAUUUCGAUGCUUGAAUAGCCUAGGAAACUAGAGCUAUCACUGGAGUGAAUAAUACCCCCUUCUUGGAUGAUUAUGUGGGAUAACAACUAAAGUUAAUCCAUUUAGUGAUUACAAAGUCAAUGUGUGUACGAAAUGUAACCAGAAUUUCGAACUAUAAAAGGGACACAAUUUAAUGAAUAUUUCUGACAGAGUAAUUCACCUUUUGCCAUAUGAUGUGAGUGAUGAAAACCCAUUUAGUAAUAACAGACUGCACUUUCACUCUAUCUCUGUAACAGAGAUAGAGUGAAAGUGUCCCAAAAUUUUCAACCGAAACUAAGUUAAAAGGGGACAAAAUUCAUGAGAUAGCGAUGCUAGGGUUUUGACAUUUGUGUCAUAUGAUUGAGUGAUGAUGACGAAACUGUAACGUCGGUUUUCCCACCAUUUUUUUUCUUCCAAAUUUUAACAAGCAAGAGUCCUGACAUCCUAGUGACCUACUUUUUCCUUUCACAUGAAUUUCGUGCACAUCAUUUUGCUAAUUCUUGUAAACAAGAUGACAGAUGUACAAUUAAGGUCCUCCCUGAAUUAAUGUGUUUUCACAACUUCAUCUGCACAAAUAUUCAGUCAAUCACUUUUCAAUAAAGUUUUCAAAAUAUAGAACACUAACUAUCUUAUACUGUAAAAUAAAUUGUGGUCUAAACUCACCUUAAAAUAUCAAGCAUUGUGCAAACUACUAAAUUAAUUCAAUAACAUAUUUAGACACUAAACACAUUGUAUUGUCUUGGCCUUAUAUAUGUCACUGUUAAUUUGAAUUUAGAUACUU